AAGAGGGGUGUGCCGUGCCAGCUGUCAAAUGCCGCAGUCGCGAAAGAACAGAAAAUUUAGUGGGUCCUGAUAAAAGGCACAGAUUCAAGCCACGGUUCACUUAUCGUUAACUGUCAGACAAUUUUUUUUAUGGGAGGUUGAGGGUAUAGUUAUAUAAAAUCUAAAAGCAAAAUUAUAUAGGUACAAAAAUCUGCUUAUGCUUACACAUCAAAUUUAUCCUCUCCUGCAUAAUUAUGUACUCGGCUCUCUACAGCUCUGAGCUUCUAUCUUGAUUUUGUUUUACCAUAAGAGACAAAGCAGACAGCCACAAUCAAUAAUCAUGUUGGCAAAACUCUCCGCGAGUGCAAUAAUUAUAUUUGUCGUUGCUGGAAUUCUCACAUUUGUGAUGCUAUUUAUUUUUGCCAAACGUCAAAUCAUGAGAUUCGCAAUAAGGUCACGCAGAGGGCCUCACGCUCCAAUAGGUCAUGAAGCAAAAAAGUCAAUGCGUCGUGAAAUUGAAAGGAGGAUUGAACUUAUCCCACGGAUUAUUUACGAAGCAAAGCUUUUGAGGGGUGCUCAAGACGUUGGGCAGGCCCAAAUUGUGCCUGGCACACAGCUCAUUUCAACAUACUAUCGGCUAAGGGCUGUUGAUGACAUCAAAAUUCUAGAAAAAGAACUUGGCAUUAUUCGACAUCCCUCUGAAAGUGUCCGAACAGUGUUGGUUUCAACGCUCUGCGCAGCGUCAGAGCCAUUAUCGGGCCCAGCACAGAAAGUUGUUCAUCAAUUUUGUGAUCUGUAUGAACAUGCUCGUCACGGUGCAGCAGAUUUCGGAGAAAACGAAUACAAUACAUACACUUGUUUGUUCAAGAAACUUGUGGAGGCUGGAAAGCAGCCUCGGUCUCUUUCAGUAAUCCACAAAUCUAGUCCAAAUAGAACACCUAAGAGGCGGCAUACACGGAUACCAAGUUCCCUUCCAUUAGCCGAAGUUUGUUCCGAUCAAAGUAACGAGACACGAGUAUGAUAAUAGGCAAUAAUAAUAACCUUUUGUGCCAUGCAUUUAAAUAAAUUAUUAAAGAGAAUUCAUAA